AUGAAUACGAGGAAAAGGAAAAAAUCAAACUGGGAACUCAAAGGUGCCUUCGAUAUCCAGGAACUUCCUCAAGUUUUAGUACUAGACAUUCUAUCAAGGCUUUCCAUCAAGGCCCUCUACAGUUGCAGAAGCGUUUGUAAAGACUGGCUUCAUAUAAUUCAUGGCUCUGAAUUUGCUCGCAUACAACUUCGAAGACCACCCAUCAGCAUCUUGAUCAAGACAUCUCAGCGUGCAAGAGCACAAAGGAAAUUAGAUUUGAUCCAAAUAGCUGCAGGGUCAGGUAUGCGAGUCGAGAGAAUGAGGUUUUCUCCCAUGAAUGUUCUACCUGUUCAUCCUGUUGCUGCAGUUGAGUUGAUAAACUCAAGCAAUGGUUUGCUUUGUAUACGUCAGUGCAUGAAUUAUAGAUUCUUGUACGUGUGCAACCCCAUUUUAGGAGAGUACAUUCGCAUUCCUGAUUAUAAUUCCUUGGUCGAUUUUGUUGCACUUGGUUUUAGCACAAGGAACAAUGAAUACAAGAUCCUGCAAACAAGUUACUAUAGCGACUAUGACUUUGAGCUUGAUGCUAUGAUAUACACCAUUGGUAAAAGCAAAGUUUGGAGAAGUAUUGGAAAGCGUCCAAGAUCCUGUAGAGGUGGCCGAAUACCAUUCAAUUCCUUUCUGCAUGGAGGUAUUCAUUGGAUAUCCGAUCAUGACAAUCCUCCUUCAUCUAUACAAUGUUUCGACUUUGAAAGAGAAGAGUUUCGACAACUACAACUUCCCUUGCUCAAUAAAUAUAAUGGUUUGAGGUUGGGAGUCUUGAAAGGUAGUCUAUAUCUAUGUGUGUUUGAAGGUGAUGAUAGGAAAUGUGACUUGUGGGUUAUGAAGAAUUAUGGUGUUCAACAAUCUUGGACGAAAUUUUGUGUCAUCGAACACAUGUAUCCCAGUGCCCUGAAUAUGUACGAGCCAGUCAUGUUCUUGAGUGAUGUGGAAAUCCUAAUGGCCUCUGACAAGUUUGUGCUGAGCUAUAAUCUAGUGACAAAGCGUCUCGAAAAAACUAGAAUUCUUCGAACUCGGUCUCAGUUUCUGGCAUUUGGUUACUAUCCUUGCUUUGUUUCACUCCAUGAUGUUGCAAAUGGAGAGAAGGUGCAAAGGAUUAGAAACAAUGACAAAUUUGAAAGCCUGCUUUCUGAAGGGAGGAACGUUUACGCUGAUCUGAUCAAUUCAUCAUUCAUCGAAAGGUUAAUUAAGGAUGUGCUAGCUAGACUAGGGUUUAGGGUUUAG